GGGAGGGAGUGAGAGAGAGAGAGAAGUGGGAGAGGCUGUGUGUGUGCCGGUGGGGAGAGCGGUAGCGAAGAGCGCUGCUGCAGCAACAGUGUAGCGCGCAGAGGAGAGGCGGUCUCGCGGCUGGAACGUCGCGCGGCCCGCGGUAGCCAUGGCGCCCGGGGCCCGAGCUGUCAAUCUGGCGGCGGCGCUCGGGCUGGGGGCCGCUCGGGCUGUCGCUCGGGCUGACGCUCGGGUUGUCACUCGGGCUCGGGCUGACACUCGGGCUGACACUCGGGCUCGGGCUGACACUCGGGUUGUCACUCGGGCUGACACUCGGGCUCGGGCUCGGGCUCGGCUCCACACUCAGCCCAGGGCUGUCCUGGGCAUCGAGACCAGCUGUGACGAGACGGGCGCUGCGGUGGUGGACGAGACGGGCAGAGUCCUGGGCGAUGCGCUGCACUCUCAGAAGCAAACCCACCUCGAGGCUGGUGGUAUAAUUCCACCAGUGGCUGGGAGGCUACACAAAGAGAACAUUGAAAGAGUGGUGCAAGAAGCUGUGGAAAAGAGUGGUGUACCUCUUCAGGAACUAACAGCAAUAGCAACUACCGUAAAACCCGGACUUGCAUUUAGCUUGGAAGUGGGGCUAACGUACAGCUUAAAUCUUGUGCAGCAAUAUAAGAGACCCUUUAUUCCAAUUCACCAUAUGGAGGCACAUGCAUUAACUGUUAGAAUGCUACAUUCAGUGGAAUUUCCUUUCCUGGUCCUCUUGGUUUCUGGUGGCCACUGUUUGCUGGCAGUUGCUCGUGGGGUGUCAGAUUUUCUUCUCCUCGGGCAGUCACUGGAUGAAGCCCCUGGAGACACUUUAGAUAAGGUUGCAAGAAGAUUAUCACUGAAGAAUCACCCAGAUUGCUCUACAAUGAGUGGUGGAGAAGCCAUUGAGCACUUGUCAAAAAGUGGAGACCGGCUGAAUAUUACUCUAAAGAUUCCUAUGAGCCAGCGCCCAGACUGCAACUUUUCGUUUUCUGGUUUGCGAAACCAAGUCAAUCAAAUAAUUAUCAAAAAGGAAAGUGACGAAGGUCUCCAGGAGGGACAGAUUCUAGCUUGUGCCAGUGACAUUGCUGCUGCCGUACAAUAUACAGUGGCUAUGCACAUAGCAAAGCGUACCCAACGAGCAAUUCUCUUUUGCAAGCAGGAAGGUUUGCUGCCUCAAACAAAUGCAGCCUUGGUGAUAUCAGGAGGUGUAGCGAGUAAUCAAUACAUCAGAAAAGUUCUUCAGAUAGUAACUGAAGCAAAUGGAUUCUCAAUGCAUUGCCCUCCGCCUGAGCUUUGCACAGACAAUGGCAUCAUGAUUGCAUGGAAUGGGAUUGAGAGGCUUCAAGCAGGAAUAGGUGUACUGCAUAAUCCUAAAACGAUCCAUUAUGAGCCAAAAGCCCCUCUUGGAAAAGAUUUUUCAGAACAAGUCAAGAAUGCGGCUCUCAAAGUUCCAAGUUUGAAACUGAAGAUAAAAUGAAUAGAUUUUAUUUUGGAACUGAAGUAAAAUCACAAACAAUUAUAAGGAAUAGUGCAUAGGAUUUGAAAACUACACAUAUUUUGUUCCACUAAUUAUAUGUUAAGUACAAUAAAAAUGUUUUAAGC